AUGAAGCGAGCGAACGAAGAACAUGCCUCAAUCAGAAGUUUCCCAUCUAACAGAGGGAAUUUACUUCAUGUGGUGACUAAGUUCCUUCAAAGCACCUACAGAGGUAAAUGCCUACCUAUGAAGCCCCUACCAUCUUUAAGAAAUGAAAACUUCCGUGACUUCAAAAGAACUAAGAAAAACUCAACGUGGAAUUAUUUAAACUAUCCUGGCAAUCAGACUACAACUGAUAUCAGAAACGAAAAGAACGCUUUUCCGAAAUAUGUAGUUCAAAUGAAGAAAUAUAGAAACUAG